GCUCCUUCGAGCGUAGUGUAAUCGAAAUGAGAUACAUUUGGAUUUUAUGUAUCUUCUAAUAGUUUUAAGAUUAGAAAUCAACAUUUCAAGUUUUUUGUUUAUUUCAAUCCUGUAAUUAUAAACAAGUGAUAUUCACUGUUAAAAUAUCACCAUCCUUCUUUAUAUGAUCGAAAUAGAGUGUUUUGAGAAACUUCUGAAGAAUUAACUAAAGUAUUUGUGUAUUAGCUGAAGCUUUGUGUUUACAUUGUGGUAUCUCUCUACUGCUCCUGUUUACUCCGAGUGCAUCUAUUUAUAACCAUGACGCCUGUGAAUAUACAGAUGUUCCUCGAUCUCAGCAUCUAGUCUUCGGAACUUCGCCAUGGAGAUGGAGUCCGCCAUGGUGCCAGAACCAACGGGAGGUCACCCCAUAUGGAAACUUUUCAAGAAGAAGAAGUAUCCGAUGAACGUUCAGAGGCAUGGCGGCCGCUACGAGUACACCGCCCUGGAGGCGGAGGGGGGCGGGCAGGAGCGGCUGGAGCUGGAGCGGAAGGCCAAGGAAGAGGCGAGCAGUGCCUGCAGCCAUUACCUCAAGGGCAGCACCCGCUACACCCUCAUCCACCACCUCAAGGACAUAGGUUCGAGAGUGGACAAACACUGGUUCGUGGUGAGGGACACCUCGGUGAAGACGGAGCGGCUGCUCACCCUCACACCCCGAAGCCAAGCUUGCCCCAUCCGGACAGACUCCUCGAACAGGGGUAUCGUCCUGGACCUGCUGACGAACCUUCAGCACCCCUACAUCUACCCGGUCCUCGAUCUUGAGUUCAGGGAAACGGCGGGGGAAGUCUACAUUCUCCUCGUCAUACCUUACAAUUCCAAAGGCAGUCUAAAAGAUCUUAUUUAUAAGUCGGUGUGGUCGGAGGACUGGGGAGACAAGUACGGCCAACGGUCUGAGGGGCUGCCAGGAACUCAGGUCCAGAGGCUCGGGAGGCAGAUCCUGGAGGCUCUCUUCUUCCUCAAGGAGCGGGGCUUCCCUUCGUCCUCACACCUCCACUCGGGCAACAUCAUCAUACAGAAUGGUGUAGCGAGGUUGAGUGGCCUUGAAAAUGUCCUUUUCGGUUAUACUUCUCGCAUAUAUCCAAUCAUUGCUAAAGCUUUUCGUUCUGAAUCUUCAGUUGUAGAUGUGAUUCUCUUCGGUCAUGUGCUUUUUGAAAUGUGCGCUGGUUAUGAACUUACCGUAGCUGUACCCACUCCGGCCAAUCUACUCGAUAUUGUAAAUUAUCCUCAGGUAGUUGAAGUUUUGGAAUUUAUAUUCAACAACCCCAAACAAAGGGUUCCGUCCAUAGAAGAGCUUCUCCUGUGUGAAUUCUUCCGAAAUAUUGAUUUAAGGGAAAUGAGAGCUACUUCUUUGCCACAGGUGUAUCAUGCCCACUUGACAGCUUCUACUCUUGCAUUACUUACAGAAGUCAAGAGACAACAGAAAACUAGAAGGGGUAGGAGAUCACAUUCUACAUCAACUGACAAUACCUCACCUGCUCCAUCUCACAGGGAACACAGUGAUUCUGAAGAAGCCAAAGAAAGUGGUGAAGAAUCAGAAGAAGAUGUUACAGGAGGAUCUCAUGAAGAUUCAGAUACAGAUACUGGACAAGAAUUCGUUGAACACCGUCACCUGAGCCUCCACCUCUAUCAAAACCUGAGCCCAGUGAAACUAGAAGACGAAGAUCUGCUCAGAUAGCAAGUGCAGAACAACGGGGGAUCACUCCUUCCGACUUUAUUAACAAAAAACAUUAUACAACAGAUAAAAAACCUGCUUGCUAAAUGUAUUAAAAAAUUAAUCGCAUUUCUGAUGAACUUGUCAUCAUGAUAUAUGCCUAGUGUUGAUAAAAUUCCUUUAAAACCCGAUGUCUAAAUUAAAUAAUUUAAUAAUUUUAAUCUUUACUAUAAAACUGAUUAAUGACAAUUUAACUCGAGGAGUUUUUAUCUCUUAUUCUUAUUAGAACUCAAAUAAAUUUAUAUUAUACUAUGUCUUUCUAAUUUUUUUCUUAUAAUAAACAAUAAAACUGUAUAUAUUAUUAUAUGAUGUACAUAAUGACACCUGGCUAAAGUUUAGCUCAUAAGGAUGAUAUAUAUAUUUUUUUUUUAUAUCUUUUUAUAGACAUGUAAAGCUCCUUCAGUAUGAUUAAACAAUAAUUUAUUAAUAUUAGUAUUAUUUAUGUAAAAUAAGAUAGAUUAUAAUGAAAUAAAGUAGCUAAAUUAAUAUUUUGAUGCCUGCGGUAUUGUUUAAUUAUAGUUGUUCAUAUGAAUUCUGAUGAAUAUGUCAAUAUUUUAGUACUUAGAAAAUUAUUAUAUUCUUUUAUAAGAACCAAAGAAACGAUCAAUUGAAUCCCUGAGUUCUUGUUCACAUGAUUCAAAUGGACUUAAUGGCAUAAACAUAGAUAUUUUUCAACUAACUAUGCAGUUUCUAGAGGAAAAUUUUUUUGAAUUACAGUAUCAAAACUAUGUAUUUAUUAAAUUAUCUAAAUAUAAAAUUAAUUCAAAAAUAUCUUCUGAAAUAAUAUACUUAUGUAAUAUACGUAAAUAAUAUACCUACUUUAUAUGUUCAAGUUUACCUUUGUCAAUUUAAAUCUGAGCAAAUUAAAAUUUGCUCAAAUUUAAUAGGUCCAUGUAUGGUGAGUUAUGAGGUAUGGAAAGUUAAGAAUGAAAAUAAAAGUAGUUAAAUCAUAACGUUGUGUUGUGCAAAUUAUCGACUAUAUCAAUUAUUUUUUAAUAAAUACUAUUUUUUAUUAUGUGUUAAGAAACAAUUAAAAUUAUAUUAUUAUCCCUUAAUUGAGGAAGUGCCAUUAUUGUUAAUUUGAAUCAUUAUUCAGGAAAAAUAAUUAAAUUAGUAUAAAGUUAAACAAUUAUGUUUGAGAAACAUUGAACAAUACAGAAGUGAUAUCAGGUGUCAUUGUAGAGCUUAUAAGAACUAGAAUGUUGCCUGAUUAGGUUCCAGAAAAUUGCUAUUAUCCUUCAAUAUGUUUUUAUUUAAAUAUGAUUAAAAUUCUAUAGUCUUGACAAAUAUUUUUUUAUACUUGUAUAUUUAUUAAUAUGUUUAAAAGUAUAAUAUUCAGUUAAAAGCAAAUACUUCUUGGCUCAUUAAAUACUGUCAAACAAAAUUUAUUGAAAUAGAAGGAAAUGAAAUAUUUUCAGAUUGAAUCUAAAUCUUAUUAUCAAAUUUCUUAUAACAUCUAUAUUUACUAAAAGAAACAAAAAUUGAUAGUUUCUGUCUGCUUGCUGGCUUCUUCAUUUUCUUUUUAUAUUUUAUAAAUCAACUGGAAAAAAUUGAAGGUAUGCUCGAAGACCAUCAGUGUUUUAUACAACUUUGUUGUCAACUCAGUGGUUCAGAUUAUUCAUUUCCACAUCAGUAAAAUAUGUCAUGACCUAGGAUAAAAUGGAAUCCGAUUGGCGUCUGCCUUUAGACAAUGCAACAUGAUUACUUAUGUUUUAGUUUCAAGGAAUAUUUUUAAAGUCAUAGUGAUAUUUUGGUUUAGACUGAUAUUUAAAAUUUGAUAAUGAAUUUAAUUAAACUCAAUGAUAAUGUACAUUAUCACUGACUUGUACCAGUACAAUAAGACCCAAUUAUAAUGUUUCCAGAGACUUAUAAUAGUGUCAAUCUAAAACUGUUAGACCAUUCAAAAUGGCGUUUCAAAGUGAUAUCGUGGUGCCAGAGAGGUUCUCCAGUCUAGCUCAUUUUAACAUAGUCCCAUUAUAAUUAUGAUUUCCAGAAUCUAAGCACCAUAGGACCCUCAAUCUGUAUUCUGAUUUUUUAAGUUUUCAUCUGGUUUUGUUCUGUUCUAAACCAGGAUAGAUUACCUAACUAGUUCCUCUAGCAUCAGUAGUUACAAUAAUUUCAAUUUACUCUUUCUUAAAGUCUCAUAUCUCAUUCCUGUUAUUUUAUUUUAUUUUAUGAUCUGAUAUAUAUAUAUAUAUAUAUAUAUAUAUAUAUAUAUAUAUAUAUAUAUAUAUAUAUAUAUAUAUAUAUAUAUAUUCUUGUCUUAUACAAUUGGUCCAGUCCUGUGGUUGAUUCCCAUAAGAUUUUUUCAGCAUUAUGUUAUAAUUAGAUAAUACAUCUCAUUUUACCAUGUACAUGAUGGGCCGACAAAGGGCAAGAAAUUUAUUGGUACAAAUAAUAGUCACUAAUAAAUUGUUCUACUGCUCAUCAAUAACCCAAGCUGUUCUAGCCUAUGCAUUCAGUCUAUACUAUUGCUAGGAGAAUAGUGGAGAAUGAUGCCAAACUUUUGAUGUUAUCAUAUGAGCUCUGAUCAUCAACCAAGGUUAAUCAUCAGUUCAUUGGCUCUGAUUUGCUUCCAGUGCACACUAAAAUCUCAGACCGCAAAGCAGAUUAUAGUUGUGAUUGACCAAGAUUUGUUUAGUGAGUAACCGUCUACUACAAACCUGGUGGUGCCUUUAGAACCCUUAGUACAAUUGGGACAAUGAGCCAAUAAUUUUUCUUUGUUUCCUUGUAAUAUUCUGCCAUUAGAAAUAUCAACUACUAAUACUACUGAUAUUCUUUAAACGGUUAUAGACAGAAAUUUUGUGGAACCUAACACCUUGUAACUUAAAAGUUUUUCUCAUAAAAAUGUUUAUUAUUUUAAAUAAUGACCUUUUAGGUAUCUAUUUUUAAUGAUAGAAAUAUUAGGAUCUUUAGUUUAAAAAAUUAAUUUUGAUUUAGUUACAUUUUAUUUUUUUUUGAAAAGUUCAUUCUAUUUUUUUUUUUUUUUAGGUAUUGGAAAAUGGUUUCUUGUGGUAUAACUAUUAUUAAUUAAACAGUUAACUAUGCAGUUAUGAACAAAUACAAUGUAAUCAGCAUUAAGAACAAUGAGAAAAACUAUUAAGACCAUGUGACUUUAUGUUGAUGUCAAUUUAUUAAACUUGAUUUUUUUAAUCUAAUAAAUUAGUAAAGCUUUUAUAUGGUAGAUAGAUUUUGUCACAGCCUAAAAAACAGGACACAUACACAGUAAUUACUAAACCAACAUAAUUCUACCUAAUGUUUAGAAUUAUUCUUUUCUGAUUCCUGUGCGAACACUCAUUCUGCCUUCUGAAGCUUUAAUAAAAUAAAAAUUAAUAACAUAAUUAUUAUAAUAUAUAUUAUUAAUGUUUAAGCAAUAAUAAGUAGUAAAAAUGAAAUGCUCAGAAUAUUGGUAUCAUCUUGUGAUUGGCAAAGGAGGAAGUGCAGAAAAUGAAAUAUUAGGUUUAGACUGAGUGGUUAUCUAGCAUUGAGUUAUCAUCCAUUUUGUUUCACAUACUGAAAUAGAUUAUAAAUAUGGAUUACCGUGUCAUCAGUAAUCUCUAUUAUCUUACAUACACCACAAUUUAAAAUGUUUUGUUCUUUAGAAAUUCAAAUAGUAAUUUUUAAUAUUUAAAACAUAAUUUCAAAGUUUCCUGAAACAGUCAAUACAAUUUGUGAUAUAAUUUUUUUUUUAAACAUAAAUCAUGUUUUUGAAUUAAAUAAGACAAUUUUAUCUAUUUAAUAUGUUAAUUGAAAAUCAUUACACUAAAAAUUAUUAAAAUCCCUGGCUUACAAAUCUUGCUCUGAGCUCUUUCAGCAUGUAAAUCCAGGUUCAACAUUUUCUCAGUCCACACAAAAUCCGAUAAGUAACUAAGAUGGUAAAGUAAAAUAUGAUACUCGGUUGCCAUGAACUAAUACUUACCACUCGGCUACAUUGGCUUUCUUUUUUUUGUUACUUGACUAAACAUAACAAGAGAUUGGAGGAUGAGCUGACAGGAUUUAUAUUUAUUUUAACAAUGAAAAAAUGUAAAUGUAAUUUGUAUGGUAUUAAUGAUGCAUCAAAAGCUAUUUUAUCAGUUUUAUAUAACAUCAAAGUUCAUAAAAGUUAAAAUCAUCCGAGUCACAUAAAUAAACAUUAUGGCAUAAAAUUUUAUUUUUCUUCAGUUUUAACAUAACUUCAAAUAGUAUAUAUAUAUGUAUAUAUAUAUAUAUAUAUAUAUAUAUAUAUAUAUAUUAUUUGUACAAAAAAUUAAUAAGAACAAGAAAACACUACCAGAUUAAAAAUCUAAACACUACCUUUUAAAGACUAUCAGUUUUAAUAAUACUAGUCAUUUAAUAUAAUAACAAUAUUAAGGCUUUUAAUAUAUAAAUUUAAUACAUUAUUUUUAAGGUUGAUCAGGUAAUAUAUAUUAAAUCUUAUUUGAUAUUUCGUGAAAUUUAAUAACUAAUAGCAAUUUUUCAGCACUAUAUGAAUAAAAAUAUUGAGAGAGAUGAUUGCAUCAUCAGAAUAAAUGUGGCAAGUCUACAAUUAAAAAAAAAAGGUCUAGUUUUACAUCCAUAGCAAUUGUCGAAAAAAACCAUCUGGUACAAUUAUGAAUACAAAGUAUUAAAAUUUAUUAGGUAGAUUUGACACUAAUUACAGAAAAUACGUAAGGUUAAUGUCAAUUUCAUUAGUGUAGUUACAGGUAACCACUCAAUCUUUUCCAAGCGUAUGUGUAAAAAACAGCACGUGCAACAAUGUUGGAUUCAGGAAAACCACUUAAGCACAAUGAACUGAUAAAAGGAUAUAAAAAUAGUGGAGGCUAAAAAAGUUUUUUAUUUGUAUGUAUCUGAACUAGUAGUGUUAAGGAUUGCACUAAAUAUAGUUUAAAUAAUACCAUUUGUAAGGCUAUAAUAGAUUUUUUUACUUGCCUAUUAGACUAUAAAACUCUUUUCUUUAGCUAUUACCUAAGCUUUCCGUCCAGAUUUAUUUUUUGUAAAUUUCAUUUCAUGUAAUCGCCCAAUGUGAUGGACAUUGGGCAUAUGAAUCAAUCACUUAAAAAAGAGGCACAUAAAAAACAAUAACAAUAAUAACUAUAUCAUUUUCAUUUACUGUGUUAAAUUUUAAAUGAUAUUGCUAGUUUAUUAAUAUUUAACUUAUAAAUAUAUUGAAAUUUCAAUUAAUUUUUUUUAAGGGAUAGGGCACUAAAAAUAUAUCAUUUUAAAGCUUCCAUUUAUUUAUUGAUCCUGCAAUAAUUCUUUCUAUAAUGUUUACAAAUUCUUUUAUUUAAAUGUAGAAUUACUACAUUAGACUGCUAUUUUGAAAUAUAAAGUUUAGGUGCUAAAAUAUAUGUAAAUUGUAUAUCUUUAAAAUUUCAUGAGAUAUUACAUAACUAUGAUUUUUUAUGCUAUAAUGAAAAGAUAAAUGCCUUAAUAAAGUGUUAAUUACAAAUAUGUUUGUACAACUUUAAAUAAUAUCCUUAGAUGAUUUUUAUGUCUUCAGAUCUGGAGGCAAUUCCUCAUCUGAAUCGAAUUCCGCAUUCACAUCUUUUACCCAAUUUCCAUCCUUGUCCUUAAUCCAUCCUGACCUAAGGGAAAUAAAAAUGCCCAAUCAAAUUGUAAAAUAUUUAUUUGAAUUCCAAAAAAAUUACAUUUAACCAUAUACUGCAAUGAUCCUAUCAGAUUAUCAAAGGUUAUAGAAACUUUUUUCAAAUACUAAAGUUUUAAUUUAUCCUUUAUUUAGAUAAAAAAUCAGGAAUUUAUACCAUAGAUUACUAAACACAUUUGAAUAAAGAAAAGAAACUAUUUUGUUAAAUAAACAUUUUUUUUUACCUUUUUAAUUUUAAUAGAGAAAGUCCAAUUGCAAGGUUUUGAACAUUGAGAAAUAUAUCUAACAAAAUAUUUUUUAUUGAUACAAGUUAGAAAUUGACAGAGGGUAGAUUAUACCAUACCCACAAUACAGAUUGGUUGUACAGGUUUGUAGAGACCUACCAACGUACAUACACAUGCCAGAUUUUUAUUACAUGGCUAUAUUAACAAAAAUUAAUUUAUAAGAUUUCAAAUAAUUCAAGCAAGAAAAAAUAUAAAUAGAAUCAAAAUGAAAAUAUGACUGUGAUAACUUACAGAUUUAAUGAUAACUCGGUAUUUGAUGGCAAAGAUUUUGAACGCUUAUUUACAUUUUCUUUUAAAGGCUCUAGAUUAACAGUGACUUCCUUAAUUUCACUAACAGAUGUGUUCUGUUCAGUUCUUGAUAACUGUCCAUAAUUAUCUCUUUUCUUUUCCACAAUACUUUCCAGGGAUCUUUUCCUGUGUAAUGUCUUCAGAUACCUACGUACUUGUGAAGCACUUGAUUGUACAGGAGAAGAU